UGUUUGGUUGCUGACUGACGAGAUACUCAAGAAUCACGUGUUCUGCCGACCGAAGUGAUGAGUAGAUUUGGCUACCUCUGGUGUGUGAGCAGCUUACAACUGUCCCCUUGAGGUGGCAGAUUCCCGCUGGAUCUUUACUCGAUAGUAGUAAAAAUCUGUAUCAGCUCUUUUCGAUUAGCAUGGCCGCAGGCCUACCGACGACCAACAGUCUGCUGACAAUUAUCAUAACGACAUCAGUGACACCGUCUGCACCCUCAACGGAACUGAUAUCCUCUGUUCUGGAGUCAUAUCGCCGCCACUGUCCAAGCCUGAUGGACUGCAAAGUUAUCGUCGUCUUUGAUAGCUACGAUAGAGUUGUCCCAGAAGCUCGUCUCAAGAAAGGAUGUGUCACGUCUGACCAAGCAAGAGUUUUUGAUCUCUACAAGGAAAACGUCAAGGACUUCAUCCUCGAACAACAUUACCAAGGCCACCAAGAUAUUACCUUAAUGCAGACACAAGCAGAAGCAGAGUAUGGCAGUCCACACGACAGUCAGAAUGCUGUUACCUACACAGCAUUGCAAACACACGACAAGAGAGUUACUUUCAUAGAACCCUCUCGACGUCUCGGGUUCGGCCUAGCCGUUCGUUCAGCGCUUCGAAUUACCUCAACUCCCUACGUCUGGGUCCAGCAACAUGACUGGAUCUUGACCUCCUCAUUUCCCAUCGAACCCCUCUUACAAAUCAUGCGUGAAUCCGAAUCUAAGCCCGAAGUCCCCAUCAAGUACGUUUGCCUACUCGCAGUACGCAUGCUCAAUUACGCCGUCUCUGCAAAGGUGGUCAGAUUCCCUGCUUUGAGGAAGCUGACCUCUACCUUCAAGCGCGAAUUCAGCACCAAAGAGCAUCCCGAGAUGAAAAUUCCGUUAACGCCUCUCUUCUUCUGGCAUGAUAAGCCGCACAUUGCUUCUACGGCGCAUUAUCUGGCGAAGGUCUUUCCUUCGCGGUUAGCAAUGCUCCGUGGAGACUUUAUCGAGGAUAAGAUUGGACAACGGGCUCGCACGCAGAUGAAAGAAGGACUUGGUUUUCUGGCUCUGGCAUCUGACUAUGCUGAAAUCACCUCGAUGGCCAAUCACUAACUCUCUAUUGCAGUUCACGAAGUGGGCAACGUGGCUAUACUACCCCGGUGAAGGAAAGCAGGUGUGCUCAAAACACCUCCACGGAAGGAUGUAUCACGGUGCAGAAAAGCAGGCGGAAAAGAUUGCCUUGGCACGGCAACAGGGGGAGGACAAGCUGGCUUGGCAGAACCUCGGAGGAACAAAUAGCUGAAGGUUGACGUCAUCGGCAUAACCUGCUGCCAGACGGGUGCUUCUACAUUGACCUAAAUUGCAGUAAGCUGUAGUAAUACGAAUUCUUAAAGACAAUAAUCAAAAGACUUGGAAGCAACACAGUCAUCUCCGGUCCUUGAAUCAGCAACUUCGCAGGAUCUUGAGGGACCCGAGAUAGUGCUGGGCUAAUUAUUGUGAGAGACGAGCGAUCAAUAAAUGUC